CUUGCUGAAUCUGUGGCUGAACAUGUUCCUAAGCCACCUCAACUUAGCUUAGAGGGGAUGAGAAGGACUGUCCAUGAUAGCUUUCAGCUUCCCUCUCAUCCUCUUCUUAGUUACUGUCUCCACACUGUCCAGCUCCAUCCCCACCACACAGCUGGCCUUCCUCAUCAGCUUGCCCAGUUUGUUGGCACUAGAAGUCCAACAAGUCAUGGUUGGCCAUAAUAUCUACGGGCUGCAGCCAAUGGGAACGCUUCUCUGUCAGCGUGCAUCCUCACAGGACCAAUCAUACCACCUCAGAAUCUUCCGCCGAAACAUGGAUGCAGCAGGAGAACGGAGGAGACGCGGAACCCGGAAGUCGACGCCAACCGUCCCCGCUAUGGACUCCGUCCACUUCCCACAAUAGACAUUUAUGGAGCUUCCGGACCCAUUUGACGGAUUUUUCGGUGCCCCAGAGUAUUUCCUGGUAGACUGUCAAUACUACUUCGCCAGUCUGUUAGACUAGACCCGAAGCCAGAGGAGAAGCAAUGGCUCCGAUUUAUGUGGUCCCGGUUCUUUGGACCGGCCCGUCAAUGGGUUCAGCUCAAACUGGAGAAGCACUGUAGGAACCUGGAUGGUGUAGAACAGUUUGUGGGGGAAUUCAUAUUGCGAUUCGGGAGUCCGGAGGCGAAGGAGGAGCUAGAACAACUUCUCAGGGGUGUAAGUCUGGAAGGCGAACCUGCCCUGCCGUUUACCCACUACUACAGGCAAUGUCAUACAGAGCUCAACCCUGAGAUCCAAGCCAAGCCUCCAGUCAGGAAAGUCCAAGUCCCAGUCAAGUCUCACGUCCCUGAUGUCCAAGUCAAGUCUCACGUCCCUGAGCGCCAGGUCAAGUCUCACGUCCCUGAGCGCCAGGUCAAGUCUCACGUCCCUGAGCGCCAGGUCAAGUCUCACGUCCCUGAGCGCCAGGUCAAGUCUCACGUCCCUGAGCGCCAGGUCAAGUCUCACGUCCCUGAGCGCCAGGUCAAGUCUCACGUCCCUGAGCGCCAGGUCAAGUCUCACGUCCCUGAGCGCCAGGUCAAGUCUCACGUCCCUGAGCGCCAGGUCAAGUCUCACGUCCCUGAGCGCCAGGUCAAGUCUCACGUCCCUGAGCGCCAGGUCAAGUCUCACGUCCCUGAGCGCCAGGUCAAGCCUCCAGUCCCUGAGCGCCAGGUCAAGCCUCCAGUCCCUGAGCGCCAGGUCCAGCCUCCAGUCCCUGAGCGCCAGGUCCAGCCUCCAGUCCCUGAGCUCCAGGUCCAGCCUCCAGUCCCUGAGCUCCAGGUCCAGCCUCCAGUCCCUGAGCUCCAGGUCCAGCCUCCAGUCCCUGAGCUCCAGGUCCAGCCUCCAGUCCCUGAGCUCCAGGUCCAGCCUCCAGUCCCUGAGCUCCAGGUCCAGCCUCCAGUCCCUGAGCUCCAGGUCCAGCCUCCAGUCCCUGAGCUCCAGGUCCAGCCUCCAGUCCCUGAGCUCCAGGUCCAGCCUCCAGUCCCUGAGCUCCAGGUCCAGCCUCCAGUCCCUGAGCUCCAGGUCCAGCCUCCAGUCCCUGAGCUCCAGGUCCAGCCUCCAGUCCCUGAGCUCCAGGUCCAGCCUCCAGUCCCUGAGCUCCAGGUCCAGCCUCCAGUCCCUGAGCUCCAGGUCCAGCCUCCAGUCCCUGAGCUCCAGGUCCAGCCUCCAGUCCCUGAGCUCCAGGUCCAGCCUCCAGUCCCUGAGCUCCAGGUCCAGCCUCCAGUCCCUGAGCUCCAGGUCCAGCCUCCAGUCCCUGAGCUCCCGUUCAAGGCUGCUGACACGCACAGCCAGGCCCUGCUCACGCCACAGGCUGCUGACACGCGCAGCCAAGCCCUGCUCACGCCACAGGCUGCUGACACGCGCAGCCAAGCUCUGCUCACGCCACAGGCUGCUGACACGCGCAGCCAAGCUCUGCUCACGCCACAGGCUGCUGACACGCGCAGCCAAGCUCUGCUCACGCCACAGCCCGCCUGUUCAGCUGAGGACGCCGCUCAGCCUCCCUGUUCAGCUGUGGACAUCGCUCAGCCUCCCUGUCCAGCUGAGGUCGUCGCUCAGCUUUCAUGCUCCGCUGAGGAUUUCGCUCAGCCCGCCUGCCCGGCUGUGGACGUCGCUCUGCCUUCAUGCUCCGCCGAGGACUUUGCUCAGCCUGCCUGCCCGGCUGUGGAUGUCGCUCCGCUUCCCUACGCCGCCAAGAACACCGUGCAGUUUCCUGGCUCUGCCUGGGACAUUCAGUCCAGGGGGCCGGGUCCGCCAAUUAAAUGGGAUGACUCAUGGCACUCCGGGAGGAGUGCCUUUAGGGGGGGGUUCUGUCACGAUUCCCCCUUGAAGCAGCGUGCUCGAAGCGCGAAUGCGCGAGCACCUGCUUUUCGGCUGUUGACCGUAGGGACAUCGGAACACGUGGGUUUUGUUUAUGUCUGUCAUGUCUCCUCCCUGUUCCGUCAUUGGCUGGGAAGUCACGUGUGUCCGGAUUACCCUCAGCUGUUAGCAGUUGCGAGGGUAAUCAUGUCCGCAUAUAUACCGCGCGCUUCCCAGCACACAACGCGGAAGAUUAAAUUCCUGCCUAGCCCCGUGUAUACCUGUUUGCCAAUCGCCUGACCUCUUGCCUGUUUAUGAAUUACGUCUUGGAUCACGUUUUGGAUUUGUCUGCCUGUCUGUCUUCUAAAUAAACACUGUUCAUCCUGCGCUUGCAUCCGCCUUAUCUCUGCCCCGUCACGAUUUGUGACACAAGGAGAAAAUUAAAUUAGAAAAUUAAUUAACAUGAAGCAGAGGUGGCCUGAACACAACCCCAAAGCAUCCACAAAGCAAAGAUUUUAAGUUAUUAAGCUUUAAAAUCUAUAAUAUUAUUUUUCAGAUCUUAUGAUAAUUCAUAAUAUACAACCAUUGAUUCAAUUAUAAUAAGAUUAUUUCUUGAUUAAAAAGUAAUGAGCAUAUCAGACUUUACACAUAUUAUAUGGUGAAUGAGAUAACCUACAGUAUCAGCACUUAUCACUGGCUUUUUGCUUCACAAACACAUUUCCAUCACUCAUCAAUUUCUAGCUCAGUUUGGUAUCAUUUGCCAUGCUGUGCCCUAUGAUUUUUUUUCAAUCUACAACAAAAAGAACACAAAUAAAUUGGAUAGCAUAUAAUCAAAGAUCAAAGGUCAAAGCUAGGAUGCAAAAUGUAUGACAUCAAAGUUAUGCUGAUGUACAAGUAGGUUGUAGAAUGAUACAAAGGACUGAAGUUGACAACCUUGGGUUCAUUGAACUGGUUUGAACUUGAAUUGAACUUUACAUUACUUUAGAGGGAAACACUUUUAUACUUGGCAUCAUUUGGAAAUUUUCAGAGGAAGUAUACAGGUUUCUGUUCUAAAUAAUAAUGUACUGGUACUACAGAAACAAAUCUUAGAAAGGCAAUUUUUAGUCAGAUGUUUCAAUAAAAUGAUCAGAAUUU